CAGGCAGAAAAAAAUCCUUGGGAAGAACAGAUCCCGUGGCUCACAGGCAACUUUCCAGUGCUCGGACUGGGCUCAUGAAAAAAAUCAAACCAGACUUGAGGCCUAGGUUUGGAUUCAGAAGUCAUAAAAAAGAGAAAUUUUGUUUGACUUCAAGAGGCCCUCAGUAUCUGAAAAAGAAGUUGAGACUGGUGGGAGGUAUGAUUACUUGUAAUUCCAAAAGCCUUCCAGUAUGGUAGAAGGAAAUGUCAUUUCCUCCAGUUCCCUCCAGCCUCUGGUGUAAAGUGAUCAAACAGUAAAUCCAGAAAUUACAAUUACUCAUCUCUUCAUAGUCUGUUGUGUCACUCCAGCCAUGAGACUCAUCUUUCAAGCCUGUUCAGUGAUCAUCACACUGGGCAACCUUGUGGCUUCUCAGUCACAAUUUUCUGGUUUGGAUGCCAUCAACACCACAAUAAUCAAUUUCAAUAAUGAGAAGAUGCAGAUCACAUGGGCCACAAGAGAGCUUUUUCACAAUGAGAAUGUGUCAUUUUCUUACACAUUUGAUGAAGGCAAGCACAAAGUUUGGAAGCCAUGUCCCACAUAUUUAUUGGAUCACAAUUAUAAUACUGGAUGUCUUUUUAAGACAGAAGGCCCCACCCUUGCCAUCUCUAUCAGGAACAGCAACGGAAGUGAAGAGCUUUUUUCUAAAAAACUAAAAUCUGAUUUUUAUAUAAAGCCCAAUCCACCAGAAAAUGUGACCUUCUUCUGGAAAGAGGACACAGUUACAGUGAGCUGUAAUAAACCAGAGAGAGCUGUGAAGUGCUUGAAUCUUGAGCUUCAAUACAAAAGCACGUUUGACAAAGAAUGGCAAUCCAGAACUUCCAGAUGUUGCCAUGUUGGAGAUCAAGGCUUUGAUUCAAGGAAAUGCUAUUCUUUCCGGGUCAGACUGAAGAGGCUAGCACCCCACUGCAAUGUAGUUGUUUACAGCAGUGACUGGGAAGCAGAAACAUUUUGGAUGAAUGGCACAUUAUUAGAUUCAUGUGAUGAUGAUAGAACCUCUCAGUCAAACACAGUAAUUGUUUUAAGUUCUUUACUGGCAGUACUUCUAAUGAUGCUUGUCCUCCUGAUUCUUCUGUGUAAACAGCAGAGGGUGCAGAUGUCAGUAAUACCAGCUAUACCAGAUCCAAAAUACAUAUUUGCUGAUCUCUUAAAUGAUCAUAAUGGAAACUUCCAGGAAUGGCUAGAUAAAACUGAUCAUGUGGUGCUGCAAACCAAGCUAGAAUAUGAAGAGCCAGAGUGCAUCACAGAGGCAGAAAGCCAACAAGAAGAUGAGAAGAACAGUGACAAACAAGGGCCUUUGGAAAAAAUCAUUGCUUCUUCAGGAACGGCUGAAAAUAGUGACCCCAAAGCAGCUCAGAUUGCCUGCCUGAUACCAGCACCCAACAGUAUAACUUCUUUUGCUGGCUUCCAUAUUUUAAUGAAUGACGACAUGUAUGUGACUUUGUAAAAUCUGCAAAAUGCAGAAGGUGUUAAGAAAUUACAUAAAAUAUCCUGAUGAGUUUAGGGGAGUGGUUGAAUAGAAAAGAUCAUUAUGAUAAGAUUCACUUCAACAAAGGCACUGGGCUGUGUCAUCUCUUUUUGGAUCUGUACUUUCCCAACAGUUAUGAUAACUUGGGCAGACUCAGUGUCUGAAACAAAAUCCUGAUCCUUUAUAGACCUAGGAUUGUUCUUCUAAUUGGGGUUUAUCUCUAAGAAUAAACUGAGCCCUAUUUUCCCCUAUGGACAGGAGAGGACAAGAGGUCCUCCUUAAUAAAUGUCAGUAGAGCUGAGACUUAGUCCUUAUGCUUAUGGAGCGUAGAGCAGUGCAAACUACACUGUUGCUCUUCCCAAAUGAAGAGGGAAAAUGAAGAGAUUUUGCUGUCUUACAAAGACCAGACCAUAUACUGUGCUUUUUCACAGCGACAGGAUACUGCUUUGCAAGCCUUCCUUAAGCUAGAGGUUCUUGCUCUUGCAAACUGCUUCUCCCAGUGUCUAACUUUGCACUGCAUGACAUGCCUUAAAGGUUUUGCUGGAAGCAAUAAGGCCCAUGUCUAAGAACAAAAGAGGGAGUAUAUACAGGAUUGAAUAAUAUUUUAUCCUGCAAGUAGUGCUGCAAGUAGCUUCCUAUAGAACAGGACAGGGCUUCAAGUGCCUCAUCUGGAGGUCAGGUCCUCCGUAUCCUACAGUCUUUGUACAGUCAACAUAUUAUAGUCUUUAUUCUAGAGCUGAGGUUCAUUUUUAACAGUAUUUGUGUUUGAAUGAGUAGCUUUUGUUUCAAACUGGGGUUUGGUGCAAGCAGCAGCUGUAGAUUCACACUAGGAUUUACUCAUAUUGUGUAUACUAGUUUCUUGGUUUUCUUUAGAAAAUGUUUGCUUUGUUUUGGUUUUUGUUU